AUAUAUCUUCUUGCAGUGAUGUCAUCGAGGCUUGACACCCUGGCAGAAGUGACAUCAUCAGUGGGGAUGUGACAUCACCACGGCAGAUGUGUCAGGACAUGGACAUGGUGACCCUUCUUCUGGUUUGACUGCAUGAGAAGAAAAUUACACAAAGUUUUGUCUUGCUGCUCCUCUGUGUCUUCUCUGUCCUGCACUGACGGUGUCCACUGCUGAGACGUUGACAUAAUCAGGAUCAGACUCCAACUGAUGGAAAGAGACGACAGGAUGAGAGUCAGAGGCCUCAUAAAGGGAAUAAAGAAGCAGUAGAGUCGGCAUCACAACCACCAGAGUCAGCCUGAGGAUAUUCAUGGUCAUCGUUGAUUUAUCUACAAAUAGAGAUAAACAGUCAUGAGUUACACGGUCUGACGUCAGUGAUGGUGAAGAUCUGUCCUGAUGCUUUUGAUGAAGACUCCCCCGGACAGGUCAGGGAUCACCUUUGAGGUUGGAGCUCAGCUAGAAGCCCGAGACCGCCACAAGAACUGGUACGCAGCCACGAUCGAGAAAAUCGACUACGACAAAGAGCAGAUCCAGGUCCACUACCGUCAGUGGAGCCGGCGACAUAACGAAUGGUUUCACUGGAGCUCACCGUACCUGCGGCCGCUGGAGCGAGUCAGCCUGAGGAGGCAGGGCCUGAAUCCACCAUGUUCACAACCGAUGUUUGUUUCAGGUACAAAGGUUCUGGCCUGUUGGACAGACUGUCGUUUCUACCCGGCCAAAAUCCUCAGAGUCAACAAGGACGACUCCUACACGGUGCGUUUCUUUGAUGGUGUGGUUCGGACUGUGAAGCCCACAAAGAUCAAACCCUUCCAAAGAAAGUCCAGAUCUGAGAAGAGUGCAGUGGGAAGCGAGGGAUGGGAGGAAGGGGAGAGCGAGGAGGAGGAGGAUGGUGGACAGAGAGAGGAGGAAGAGGAGGAGGAGGAGGAGAAGAAGAGGAAGGAGGACAUGGAGGAGAAGGGGACGUCAGAGGAGAAAGAAGGGACUGAGGAGGGAGAGGAGGAGAGGAAGAGGAAGGGAGAACCUUCAUCCUCCCAUUCACCAGCUAAGAAGAAAACAGAUGACAGUAGAAACAGUGGAGCUCAGAAUCAGCCAAUCACAGCUGACCCCCCCCAGCCGGCUCUGCCUAACCCCGCCCACAUCGACAGAGAUGUCCUGUUGGAGCGUCAGGCCCACCUGCCCACCACACACAAAUUCAGCAGAGAGCCAUUGUACAGGGUGAUAAAGAACCAGCCUCCUCCCAUUCUCUCCAUCGAGUUGGACCACAACCCCUUCAAGUGUCCCGCAGCCGGCUGCACCAAGUCGUUCAGGAAGGCGAGUCUGCUGCACUACCACAUCAAGUACUACCACACAGACCAGCAGCUGGACGAGCGAGGUGGCGAGCAGGAGGCGCAGAGGAGGGUGCGGUCGUCUUCUAAAGGGAGUGACUUCAUGUCAGACAGCAAGAGUGAGGACCAGAGCAGCACCUGUCACCAUGACGACAGAGAGCACAGCGCCGUGGGAACAGCAGAAGUGAAGAAGGAAGGAGAGAGGGAGAACACAGGAGAACAGGACAGAAAGGAGAGGAUGAAGAACUUCCUGAGAGUCAAACUAAAGAAGAAGAAAAAGAAGAAGAAGAAGAAGAAAAGUCAGUCAGGACUUGGCAGCAGCGAUGAUGAGAAUUUAGACCGACCUCCGAUCACUCUGAAGCUGUCCACUGGACACCAGAGCAUACACACACAAGCCGACGAUGAUGGCAGCGACUGGUCGACGCUGACGGCAGAGAGCGGGGAGGACACGACCUCUUGGCCUGUUGCUAUGGAGACAGAGGAGUGUGAAGUGGUGAGGUGUGUGUGCGAGGUGGACGAGGAGAAUGACUUCAUGAUCCAGUGCGAGUCGUGUCUGUGUUGGCAGCAUGGCACCUGUAUGGGUUUAUAUGAAGACAACGUCCCACACAACUACACCUGCUACUACUGCAGACACACUGCAGGUUGGAGGCGGGCUCAGCGUUUCCUGUCAGAACCUGAUUUGCUGAUAUCUGGUCACAUGUUCGGCCUGUCGUGCGUGAAGGAGAACUACUCGGAGAUCAACGCCUCCAAGAUCUCACACACCAGCAGCCUGCUGGCGCACACACACGGCCUCAACCAGGUCCUCAGCGGGCUGCAGCUCAAAUUCAGCCUGUUACACUCUCCGUCCCACCCGGAUCUGCAGCUGUGGAGGUUGCCAUGGAGACGAGAGGAAGGGCCGAGAUUGACGUCCAGCCCGAGAGGAGAGCCUCCCGCCUGUUACAUCAGCAGCGAGCACUGCUACCAGAAGCCUGGAGCAUCAUGGGAAAAAGCAGAGGAAAGGCAGACAGCUGCAGUGAAGCAGGAGCAGGACACCGAGCAGAAGGAAAUAAAGCCAGAAGAUGUCGACAAGAAACCAGCCGAUGCCACCGCAGAUACAAACACUGUCACGCACACAGACACAAUUAGCAUAAAAAGAGAGAACCACACACACGCAGACAGCCGGGAACACGCUCUGAUGCACACAGCGGAGCCCCGUGUGGCGUCUGAGGCCGAGUGUCAGCUGAACCUGCUGGAGCACGUGGAGUCUCUGCACCACCAGAUCAGCACCAGGAUGGACAUGAUAGAGCGAGAGCUGGACGUGUUAGAGUCCUGGUUGGACCACUCGGGCGAGCUUGAGCCUCCAGACCCUUUGUCCCGCCUCCCUCAGCUCAAACAGCGAAUCAGGCGGCUGCUGUGUGACCUGUGCACUGUGAGACACCUGGCGGUCUGGCGCUGACACUUCUCGCUCCCUUAACUCUGACCCCUGACCUUUGACCCUGCAAGUCUCUGCUAGCCAGCAGGAGCAGACUGACUGACGGGGCUAGCACACGACUAGACAGCGGAGAGCGAGUCGUAGAGCGAGUCGACACUCUUGAGUGUGUGGUUUGUUUCCACGCGCUCACAGGACAGAGCCCCCUCCGGUGGAGAAGAGCUGCACUGCAGCACGAAGGGGACGAGGAUGUUUUUUUAGCAAGUGACUGAACAGGUGAUUUUUCUUCUGUUAAAUUUCACAAAGGUACCAAAACAUUUCCGAUGUCCAACCACAGGGUGACGACAGAUGUGAUUAUUGAUUGAUUGAUUUGGAUUUGGUUUCUGAUCAGCUGUUUUCAUCCAUGUUGUCAUGACACAGUGGCUUUUGUCUGUUUGGAUGACUGAACUGAACUGCGUGUCGUCAUUUGCAUCAGACAAGGUUUACAGUUUAGACUGAAAUAUGGCUGCAACAAAUUAUGAUGUGUUUUUACUGAUUAAUCUGUAGAUCAUUUUCUUAAUUGAUUGAUCGUUUGGUCUAUAAAACAUUGGAAAACAGCGAGAAAAGUGUGUUUCAAUAUCCUAGAAUCUCAAGUGACUUCUCGUUAUGUUGCAUUUGAGAACCUGGAAAUUUUUGCUUGAAAAAUUAUUUAAACAAAUAAUUGAUUAUCAAAAUAGUUGCAGAUUCAUUUUCCAUUAGUUGAAUAAUUGAUUGACUGAUGAACUUGCCAGCUUUCCAUUGGUAACCAUUCAGUCAGUUCUUGGCAUCAGUGUCAACCACUUUAUAACAAGAACAAAAAAGAGAGUAUAAGAUAAAACACAGACUGGAGAGAAUUUUGUUUGGUUACUGUAAUAAAGGCUUUUAUUCAUUAAUUAAUUAUUUUUUUAAUUCCCCUAAAAUAUAAAUGGCUACCAUAUUUUCAGUUUUGGCAACCAAGAGCUGAUGCCUGGUGACCAGCCUGGCAUUUUCAGACGUCAUCUGUAAUCUUUGCAGCUCUAGACUGAACAUCAUUUUCUUGCAGCCAUCCAAACUGACAAACUCUCGCUGUAUGACGACAUCAAAAUGUAACAGCCUACAAACACAUCCAGAGGAUUUGAAUAGAUUUAUUUUCAGAUAUGAGAGUUCGUUUCUUAAGGCAGAAAUUUUGUAAUUGUACUGUCUCCAUUUAUAAGUAAAAAAGAAAGAAAAAAACAUUUUAAGUUCUGGUCACAACAGCAAAAUUCACACACGCACCUUUGCAACAUACAAAGUUCUCAAAGCUUUGUGAUCACUAACACGCCGCCCGUUAAACACGAGUCAGUCACAGCAUCUCUCUGAGCUUCUCUCUGUUUCCUCUGCGCUCGGAUGUUUACUCUUCGGGGGCAUCGUGUUCAUUUUAUUUAAUAAAAAGUUAAUUAAGGGGAAAUUAAAGCUCUCAGAAGGAACGUUUUGUUAAUUAGCAGUAAUGCGACAAAACAUUCACACAGUUAAUUUAAAAGAUGUUUUAGUUCCAUCGACUCCUGUCUCAGUGCUGCUUGAAUAAACAUCUGUUAUUCAUGCUGGAGCUGCACGAUCUGAGCAAAAAUAUAACAAAGCUGAAUGUCAUAAUAACAAUACACAAACAGUUUUCUGCUGUUUUCAGUGUGCAGAUAAAACGCAGCAAAUUGUUAAUUGAAUCAAUGAAAGAAAAUUAUUUCCAGCAUUGAGCUGAACACAAAAGGCACCAAUUUAGAAAAAGAAUGAUGGUUACAUUACAAAGUGCAGCGGUGUGUUUAUUGUGCACGUUGACAUCGUAUGUUGCAGCUCUACUUUAUACGCAGUCAGCGAAGGUUUGAUAAAACCGUAUUGUGCAACACAGCCAAUAAGCUACAAAAGAUUCUUUAAUUUUCGACUCUCCGUUCCCUCAAAGGUUUCCUCUGUAAUGACGGCUUCAUGUUGUUCCAUGGCAGCAUUUUCACCACAUUUACUCCAGGAGAGAAUCUAUCAAACGCUGUGAUAACUUUAAAUUCAAUGGGGAGAAAUUUUGCAGCAGAAUUUCACUGUGUUCUGGUGCGACUGGUCCGUUAUACAGGACAAACUUUAACGCUGGAAUCCAUAACUGGGCUGCAUGAAAUGCAAUUAAAGUCAUGAUGCAAUUGUUUGGACGGAUAUUGCAGUUAUGAUAAUGUUGCAGUUCAUUUUCACUGCCGAAAAAAAUAUAUAAAAUGAUGAUGUGGUUUUUGCUGGAGUCGGUUUGGAGCUAGAACUGUGACGAUAAUAUCUGACACUGAAAAAGAAAGUGUUGACAGAAAAACAAAAUCCAUUCUGACGUGUUUUUCGAUGACAAUCUUCAAUUUUCUUUGUCAUAUUUUUUUUUUUUUUUUUUUUUAGUAUCAGGUUUUUUUGUCUUUCUUUUUUUUUUUUUUUUUACAAUGACAGUUUUUUUUCACAUUAACAGCUUUUUUUAUGACAGUUUUUUUCUUACUCUGAUGUUUUUUUUAAUGAUGACUUUUUGUUUUUUCUUACAAUGACAGGUUUUUUUCCCCAGUUUCAACUUUGUCACUGUUUUGGCUAGUGCAGAGGAGUAUGAGGGGAGGAGGAAGGACAGUAUGAAUUACAUUUAGCCAACAUUUCAUUUCUGUAGCUUGUCAUUGAAAAGCACAUCAGACUGCAAAAAUAUGCAUUUAAAAAUAAAAUUAAAUCAUUUUUAAUUUCUCUGUUUUGUUUUUCAGUGCCACAGUUUUCUUUUUGAUGCCAAAACCUACUGUCACUGUUCUAGCUCCACAGGUCUGCACCAAACAAACAUGUUCCCUCAUGUAUGGAAUAUGAUAUUUAGGCCGGGACAUCUCUGCAGCACCAAAAUGCUUCAUUUAUAUUGGUACACACAAAAAUAUCAGCUGCUACGAUUUGGAUAUUGCACUUGACCUUAUUAUGAUUUGGAUAAUACUUUGAUUAAUUGUGCAGCCUUUCUCUGCAGCAGUGACAGGUCGUCCAAAUUUAGUCUGAAUAAAAGAAAAUAAACACCAGUCGGCCAAAUGUGAAUAGCUCUGAUUGUCUCGUUACAAUAUAAUGUUCUGCUGGGAAACCGUGGGUCCUGGCAUUCAUGUGGAUGCCUCUUGACAGGCACCACCCAGGUACCCCCUCAUGGCAACAGCACUCCCUGAUGGCAGUGGCCCCGCAGCAGAACAGUGCAGCAUAUAAACUGCUCUGGAAUGGCUCGAGGAAUGUGACACAGAGCUCAAGGUGUCGACCUGGCCUCCAAAGUCCCAAGAUCCCAAUCUGAUUGAGCAUUUGUGGGAUGUAAGGGUACUCCACCUCACAACCCACAGGACUCAAAGGAUCUGCUGCCAGCACCCUGCUGCCUGGCACCACAGGACACCACCCAGAGGUCCUGUGUUCAUGCCUCGACUGGUCAGAUCCAAGUCUGAUUCUACAGUAGGGCCUCUGACACAGGACCUCUGAGGAUCCGCCACAUCCCACAGAUGCUCAGUCAGACUGGGAUCUGGGGAAUUAGAGGCCAGGUGGAGGCCUUGAGCUCUUUGUGAUGUUCCCUGGACCAAACCUGAGUAGCUUUGCAGUGUGGCAUUGUGUAUUGUCCUGCUGGGGGGCACUGCUACCACCGCGAUGGGUUGUACAUGGUCUGUAACGGUGUUUGGGUGGGUCAAGUGUGUCAAGUGUGUCAAGUGGCGUCGACAUGAACGUCAGGACCCAGGGAUUCCCUGCAGAGCAUCAUAUUGCAACCUGAUGAAGUUACUUCACCUGUCAGUGGUUUUAACGUUGUGGCUGAUCGGUGUAAUUUGACCUUGAAGCAGAGUGUUGAGAGAGUCUGUCUACACAUAAUAAUCAGUCAUACUUCUGGAUAUAUAAAUGAUUUAUAAAAGACGUUAUGGGUUCCAGCUUUCACUCUGAGUAACUCCUGACUUCAUGCCUUUAUAUCUUUUCUGUCUUUUGAUAUGUGUUUAUCAGGUUUUAGGUGAAUCCUUCUACUUUUCUAGAUUUUUAUCAGUGCUUUUAAUUUGUUUUUGAAAAACGUCUCUUUCUGACUUUACAAAGAAAAAAUGUCUGAAGCUUCUUAAAACAACUUUAUAAUGAGCUAGUCUUUGACCUCAGCUCUCAGCAAGUUAUACGAGUUAUAUUUCUCUCAGCUGAACAUUUUCAUCUCUGUGUGUAGAAAUGAUUCAACAAACUGUUUUCAGUCGAAUUAACCAGCAAAACUUUCCUGUUUCGACACAACAACACAUUUAAAGUGUAAAUAAGUGAAUGUUUUAUACACUUGUAUAAGAAACUAACUGUAUAAAGCUGUAGAUUUAUUUUCAUAGAUUGCUUAUGGAUCAGGUUGGUUCGCUCUGAUGUGUUUUAGGAUCCUGACAGUGUUUGGUAGAAGAGCGCAGAGCUUCUGUUGCUUCUCUUCACUUAUUGUGAAACUUCAUUUGUUGCUGUUUGAGUUCACUGCAGCUCCAGACAGUGCGUUCAGGCGUUCCUUGACAACUCAGACAAGUGAGAGGCUCACAGCCCACAGCGGAGUCUUGUUUAUAUAUCCACCUGAACGAAACAUAUGAUUUGGUCAUGUGGUCGUUCUCUGAGUUGACGAGGGCGAGCCUGAAGGCACCACGAGUUCACGUCACAUCAACUUACAAUUCAAAAGCCAAUGUGUUAUUUUUGUUUAAAGCAUGAAGAGGUUUUUUUGAGGAAUUUUAACUUUGAUUAAAAUGAUGAACUUCCA